UAUGAGUUGUACCAAGAUUUCUUCUAUUUGUAUUUGAAAUUAUCAAUGUUUCCCGCGCUGGUUAUUUGGUAGGUGGCACUAAUUUGGCUGGCUUUCAUAUCAUUCUGUUGUAAAUAAACUAAUAAUGGACAUUUUAUUUAUUAUCACUAAGUUUUUUUAACCACCCGUGAUAUGAAUAAAUGUGAAAAGAAUCAAACGUAUAGAAUCAACAAAAUAUGAAAUGUUUAAAUAUUUUUGUAUGAAUUAAAUUCAAAAUCGAAAAUAGUUGCCGAAUAAGAACAUAUUUCAUUAAAUAGUUUCAUCAAAUAAUGUAUUAAAGAAAUUGUGGUUAUCUGUUAUUAAUGUAAAAAUUGUUACAUUGUUACCAGAAGAUUGUAAUACUUUUAAUAAUAUUGUACAAAAUGGAAGUCAUUGAACUUGUUUCGGAUGAUGAAGCAUCAGGGGAUAACAUGGAAAAAAAUAGAAGUUCAAUAAUUUGCAAUUCUAAUUGUGUAAACUUUGAAUGUUCUUCUGGAGUAGAUAUGAAAUUAGCACCUUCUUUUGCAUGUGCUUUUUAUGGAGUGAAUACAGAAAAAAAGAAAGGGCGUAUGAUAUGUACAAAGUGUUUUAUUGUUGCUUUAGAACACCAAAAGCAAUUGGUCGCAGCUUUCGUAGAUCGUAAGCCAUUAUUGAAGUGUGAAUUUCCAGACCGUACAAUGGAGGUAGAAAUUUUUGAUAGUGAUGAUUCAGACGAUGAGAAAAAGAAAGAUAUAUGUGACGAGGAAAAAUAUUUGCCAGGAGAAAUGCUUGCAGAUAUGGAAGAAAUGUUAGAUAGUACAUUAAACAAUAUUUUAGAGAAGUAUGAUGUUGACUAUCAAAUUGAACAAGCUCAUAAUGUACUAAAAGAUCAGUGGAAUAGAAUAGAUGAGCAAAAUGAAGUUCUGGAUAAAACAAUUAAAGAUUUGAUGUGUACUAUGGAUAUGUUACGUAAUAAUUUAUAUGACGAAUUCAGACCACAAAUUCAAAUGCUCCAAGAACUUCAAAUAAAUGAUGGAUAUAUGGAUAAUGGAUUUUAUCCAUUAGUGGCAACAAAAAGAGUUACACAAAUAAGAAUUUCCUCUUCUUCAACGUUAGAAGAUAAUCAACCAGAAGUUUUACCAAUUGAACAAGAUAAUAGCCAAGUUGUAGUUUUGGAUUUACCUCCAAUUGGUCCACUUGUGAGAACACAGAUAGAUAUUGAUACCAUUGUAUAUAUUAUGAAGCAUCCACUUAUGCCAUGGAUUAAAGCAAAGGUGCAAAAUGUAGUCUAUAGAAUUCCCUUACAUUGUCGUGUAAAAUUAUUACAAAAGAAGUAUAAUUCUGUUAUUAAAUCUGUUUCUGGUAAACAAAUCGCAGCUGCUGUAACUAGCCAAGUAAUAAUUCCAAUUGGUACACGAGUAGUUGCUCUAUUUAAAGAUGUUUCAUCUAGUAAUUUUUAUAGUGGAGUUAUAGCUGAACCACCAAAAGCUACAAAUAAGUAUAGAUAUUUGGUAUUUUUUGAUGAUGGUUAUGCUCAAUAUGUUGAGCAUAAAUAUAUUUAUUUAGUUGCUGAAUCUUCCAACAAAGUUUGGGAAGAUAUACCUAAUGAAUCUCGUGAUUUUGUGAAGAAAUAUAUUGAAACAUAUCCUGAAAGACCAAUGGUGAAACUACAAACAGGACAGGUAGUAAAAACAGAAUGGAAUGGUAAAUGGUGGGUUGCAAGAGUAAUUCAAGUUGAUGCAAGUUUAGUACAAAUGCAUUUUGAUGCUGAUGGAAGAACAGAAUGGAUUUACAGAGGUUCAGCUAGAUUAGGGCCUUUAUAUAUUGAACUUUUAAAAGCCAAUGCUAGACAACAAGGACAUCAUGCAUCUGUCAAUACACCUAGUCGACAUCGACUGCCUGCUAUCUCUAAUAAAAGCAAUUUACCUUAUGUAGAAUAUACAUCUAAUCUAGAACCUGAGGAAGAAAGAUUUUCUCAAUUAGAAAAAGAACAGAAUAUAGUAAAUGAAGCUAUAAAUACAGUUACAUCAAGUGCACCACAGCAAUCACGUGCUGUUGCUAGAAAAAGUACAAGUAAAAAGCAAAAUAUUAUGGAUACAAGUUCCUAUAAUCCUACAACAGAAACAAAACCUUCUCAUAGUAUCGUUUACUACCAAACACAGAACAAGAUUCAAACAAAAAAAUUUGUUCCACAUAAAUGUGGCCCUCAGUGCGUUCAAGGAAUAUCUUUUACACCUGAUGACUUGAGAGGUUAUUCACCUCUUUCAAUACCAUUACUCUGUGGUUGGAACAGACAACUUUGUAAAUAUCCAAAAGGCAAGAAAAUUACAUUAUAUCAAGCUCCAUGUGGUGUCAGAUUACGAAAUAUGGAAGAGUUACACCAGUAUCUUCGCAAAACAGGCAGCCCAAUGUCAGUUGAUUUAUUUGAUUUUGAUUAUUGGGUGCAUUGUCUAGCAGAAUUUGUCUUGGAUAAAUGUUUUAUCAAUAUAAAGGAUCUCAGUUAUGGUAUAGAAAAUGUACCAAUACCAUGUGUUAAUGAAUUAGAUCACACUCAACCAGAUACCAUUAGAUAUAGCACUCAGAGAGAACCAACAGAAGGAGUUAAUCUUAAUUUAGAUCCAAAUUUCUUGUGUAGCUGUGAUUGCGAAGACGAUUGCCAAGAUAAAACAAAAUGUCAAUGUUGGCAAUUAACAAUACAAGGUGCUACUCUCGGAGGAAGAGUGCCAAAUACAUCUGUUGGUUAUGUAUAUAAACGUUUACCAGAGCCAGUUACUACUGGAAUUUAUGAAUGCAAUUCUGAAUGUAAAUGUGCUGUAAAAACUUGCUUGAAUAGAGUAGUACAACAUCCAUUAACAUUAAAAUUACAAGUGUUCAAAACAGCUCCUCGGGGCUGGGGUAUUCGAUGUCUAAACGAUAUUCCUCUUGGAUCUUUUAUUUGUAUAUAUGCUGGUAGAUUACUUACAGAGCAGGGAGCUAAUGAAGGUGGUAAAAAUUAUGGAGAUGAAUACCUAGCAGAAUUGGAUUAUGUGGAAGUAGUGGAAGGUAUUAAAGAAGGAUAUGAAAGUGAUGUUCUCGAAUCAGAAAUGCCAUUAUCUACCACAGAAGAUAAAAAGAAAUCUAUAACUAGCGAUGAUGAGGAUAAUACGAAAAUAAAUGCAGAUGAUUCAGACGAAGAUUUCAACGUUGGUAGAUACUUAAAUUUCAAUGUAGAUUCUACAGAACCUUCUAUUAGAAAAAGGCUAAGGAAACGAAAACGAGAUGAUGUCAAUCAAGAUGGAUCUGAAGAAAAUAGCGAAGAUGGACACGCUGCUAAAACUACCGAAAAUAUUACGAAGUCUUCUACCAAUGAAAAUCGUCCAAAUGAUCUAGAUGCAAUUACUAUAAGUGAUGAAGAAGAAAAUAGAAGUGGCAGACGCGAACCAAGUAGAUUUGAUCCAACAGUGGAACCAACACAAAUAGAAAGACCUAAAUUUAAAUCAGUAAGAGAUUUCUUUGGAGAAGAUGAGGCUGUUUAUAUAAUGGAUGCUAAAACAACUGGAAAUAUUGGACGUUACUUAAACCAUUCAUGUGAUCCAAACGUUUUUGUGCAAAAUGUAUUUGUAGACACGCAUGAUGUAAGAUUUCCAUGGGUGGCAUUCUUUGCUUUAAAUUACAUAAGAGCAGGUCAGGAAUUAACAUGGAAUUACAGUUAUGAUGUUGGAAGUAUACCAGGUAAAGUCAUCAUCUGUAAAUGUGGUGCAUCUAAUUGUAGGGGUCGACUUCUCUAAUAUGUGACAUGCUUUAUAUAAAAUUAAUAAAAUUUGAUUGAUAAACGUGA